AUGAAUAGUGAGAACGACUACUCCGGGGAGAGUACGCCUGAUAAAAUCGACAAGAUGAGGUCGGGGUCUGACCCUUCGGUCCCCGAGAAGAUCGAGCAAGUCGCAAAUGCGGGAACCUGCAUUGCCGUGGACGCAGAGACUGAGAAGCGACUUUUGAGGAAGCUCGACAUCCGUAUCAUCCCCAUGAUCUGCUGGAUUUACCUAAUGAAUUUCAUGGAUCGUGUCAACAUUGGUAAUGCCCGUUUGUACGGUCUCGAGGAAGAUCUAGGCAUGGUGGGUAACGAUUACCAACUUGCUGUCGGAAUCCUCUUCGUUACAUAUUGUUUGUUUGAGACGCCAUCCAACAUGAUCAUCAAGAAAAUGCAGCCAGCCCGCUACUUGGCUGGGCUAGUCUUCUUCUGGGGUCUUGUAGCCACAUUCACCGCUUUCUGCAACAAUUUCGCUGCGCUUGUGGCUUGUCGACUCCUCCUGGGUGUGUUUGAAGCCGGGCUUUUCCCUGGUGUCAUACUCUACCUCUCAAUGUUCUACAACAAGAAGAAUGUGUCGUUACGCAAUGCGUACUUCUAUGGAACCAGUGCCAUUGCUGGUGCUCUCGGUGGCCUCGUCGCGUAUGCGAUCGGUGAGCUAGACGGUGCUGGUGGUUGGAACGGUUGGAGAUGGAUCAUCGUUAUCAACGGCAUCCCCACGGUCUUGACAGCCCUGGUCGUGCCCUUCGUGCUUCCGAACAGUCCCGAGACUGCUAGCUUCUUAACUGAGGAAGACCGUCGCAACCUUGUGCUCCUCCGAGAGCUUGAGGUCGGCCAAACAAAAGCCGCACAACUGCUCCACAAGGAUGAUGUGAAGGAAGCUGCUAAAGACUGGAAGACUUGGGCUUUUUCCAUUGCACAAUUCAGCGGUCUUGGUAUGCUAUACAGCUUCUCGGUCUUCCUUCCCACCAUCAUCUUCGAGAUGGGCGCUGGCUGGAGCCGGCAAGUCGUUCAGGCGCUCACAAUGCCCGUUUACUUCCUCGGCUUCUUCGUCUAUAUCGGCAGUGCAUUCUACAGCGACAAGAUCCAACAACGAGGCAUUUUUUGUGUGGGCGGCUUCAUGACCUGCAUGGUGGGAUACAUCUUCCUCAUCGCAAACCAGGGUACAGCCCUCAGCUUUGCUGGCUGCUUCAUCGUGGCCAUGGGACUUUGGACAUCGACAGGUACCGCCAUGACAUGGAUUGGUGUGAACAAUCCUCGCUACGGUAAACGAGCGUUCGCAAGCGGCAUGCAGAUUACCAUUGGGAACGCCGCGGGAGUUUCGGCGCCGUUCCUGUUCAGCAACGCAGAUAGGCCGACUUACUACCCGGGGUACGGUGCGACUAUAGCGUUGCUCGCCCUCGGUGUUGGCAUAUAUACUGCACUGCACUUCUGGUACCGUAAGCAGAACAAGAGCAAGCUUGAGGGGAAGGAGGACUGGAGGAUGGAGGGGCUGUCUGAGGAAGAGAUCGCAGAGCUAGGAGAGCAUAACCCGAGGUUCUUAUACACGGCUUAG